AUGCUACCUACGUUGAACCUGACCGGCGAUGUGAUAUUGACGGAGCGGAUAUCGACCCUGCUGGGUAUGGUGGGCCCAGGAGACGUUGUUUUAGUUCGUUCACCUGAAAACCCUAGAAGGACGAUAACGAAGCGCAUUUUGGGCAUGGAAGGUGAUAAGGUCACUUUCUUAGUGGACCCCAGAAACAGUGAUAAUUGUCACACUGUGGAG